UUUGGGGCCCGGGGGGGCGGGGUGGGGUGCGCUAGGGAGCGGGGAUGAGUCUAGUGGGCGGCUUCCCCCACCACCCGGUGGUGCACCAUGAGGGCUACCCUUUCGCCGCCGCCGCCGCUGCCGCCGCCGCCGCCGCCACCCGCUGCGGCCACGAGGAGAACCCCUACUUCCACGGCUGGCUCAUCAGCAGCCACCCGGAGAUGUCACCCCCCGACUACAGCAUGGCUCUGUCCUACAGCCCCGAGUACGCCAACGGGGCGCCGGGCAUGGACCACUCCCAUUACGGGGGGGUGCCGCCCGGGAACGGCCCGCCCGGGCUCGGGGGGCCCCGGCCGGUGAAGCGCAGGGGCACGGCGAACCGCAAGGAGCGGCGCAGGACUCAGAGCAUCAACAGCGCCUUCGCGGAGCUGCGGGAGUGCAUCCCCAACGUGCCCGCCGACACCAAGCUCUCCAAGAUCAAAACCCUCCGCCUGGCCACCAGCUACAUCGCCUACCUCAUGGACCUGCUGGCCAAGGAUGACCAGAACGGGGAGGCGGAGGCCUUCAAGGCAGAGAUCAAGAAGACAGACGUGAAGGAGGAGAAGAGGAAGAAAGAGCUGAACGAAAUCUUGAAAAGCACAGUUAGCAGCAACGAUAAGAAAACCAAAGGGAGGACUGGCUGGCCGCAGCAUGUCUGGGCUUUGGAGCUCAAGCAGUGAGCACGGCAGGACUGGAGGAGCCGUCCUCUUAGUUUCGGUAGCGAGCUCUCCUCUGAGGACUCUUGGUAUUUGGAAUCGUCCGGUUUAUUUAUGUGCAAUUUCUCCCCCAACCCCCCCAAAAUGUGGAUAUUUGAAGGAGAGGGAAAAAGCAUUCCAUAGAUGAAGAGGAAACUCCAGCUUGGUAAGGGGUAAUGUCUCUAAUAGUUUCGUGAAUGUUAUUUGCUCUGUAUAAAACACACGGGAAAACAGAACCAUAGAAAAGGAAAAAAAAAAAAAAAAAGAAAAAAAAUCCCUCCCUGGCAUUAGUGUGUAUGUGAAGUGUAUCUUUAAUACUUGGCCUUUUGGAUAUAAAUAUUCAUGGGAUUAUAAAGUUAUAUUUCAACAGAAGCAGUUGCACCAAUGUUUCGGUUGACUCGGUAUUUAGUGUUGUAAUUUUGUUGUGGUCGUUCAGUAUUUGAAGAUGUUUUCAACAGUUAUUGGUUAUGUGCACUUCCGUCCGUAAGGGGAAAAAGUGGAAUCUAAUUAAUAUUGAAGGUGUAAACGUUGUAAGUACUCAAUAAACCACUGUGUGUGUUUUUUACAAAACCAAAAAAAAAAAAAAAAAAGAAAAAGGAAAAAAGAAAACCCAAAUCUUUUUAUGUUUUAUACCUCAAAAUGUUUUGAAUAACAGCGUUGUUUAUGGCUUUUUUUUUUCAUAAUAUUUAAAAUAUUCGGAAGUAAACUAAAUUAUAAAGAUGGCUCCUAAGUUUAUUUUUAAACAAGUGACUGAGUGAAAGGAGGGGUAGAGGGAGGGAUCUCGCCAGCCCCGUGAGUGUUGAACAGAAACCGGCAGUUCAGCUGAACAGGAAUUCCUUGUGGUGGUGUUCUCCAUGCAGGAGACCUACUGCUAACGGGAAACGGACAAGGGUGCAAACCCCGGGCGGGUCCAGGGCUGCAUACCUGCCUGCCUUCCCCUGCCGCCGCGCCUAAGGAAGUGGCUCCCGACGGGACCCGGCACUAAGCGUAGGUAGAUGUGCAAUUGCCCAUAAAAAGAUAAGGGAGCCCCCGCGCCGUUUCGCCGCCCCUGCUGACAGUGGGGAGGUUGCGGGGUUACAACAACCAGACAAAAAUGAUGUGCCCUCCCUCCCGUCGGGUCAGGCAGCCCGGCUCUGCGCUCCGGCGUGGGUCUGUGUUUACAGACACUUGCCUUUGUUUACAACACUUGGAGAGAAGAAUCUCCCUCCUUGUUUGCUUUUCCUUGCCUGUUAGUUGCCCAGCUGAUAAACCGGAGCAUCUCGCACUCCCCCCACCCCUUCCAAACAUUCUUUUUUUUUUUUUUUUCGAGAAAAAAAAAAAAAGUGGGGGGGUGGCUGCGAGGGCUGUCGUGCGUCAGGUCCCGGCUCCCGACAGAUGCUGUGUCUUCCCUUGACCGAGUCGCCGGGCUGCAUCUCCCCCGGGGGAAUGUGCGGCGGGGCCGGGGUGGGGGGAGCGGCGGGUGGCCCUGCUGCCUAGAGAAUCGCCUCUCGGAUAUUUCCCCAUCAAUAAUUUUCUAUUUUUUGAAACGUUAAUUUCUCAGAACCGGGAACUCCUCUGGAUCCGCUAAGGACGAUCUCUUUUAAUUGCUCGCUAAUGAGGAUGUUGCCAUUUUCUCAGGAGCAGUCAUUCCUGCAGCUAAAUCACAAGAGCCCUAGACAGGCCGGAGCCGACAAAAAUGUAGGUUUUGACGUAAAAAGCUAAAUGGGGAAGCAGAAGGUAAAUUGAUGGUAGAAGGGGAUGUCAGUGCCCCGGCCCCAGCUCUCCGCCGGCAGAGCCGGGGCCUGAUAACAGCGGAGCGCUGCGUCCGCACCCUGCCCGCACCCGGGGCCGCCACCGCCCCGGCCUCCUCGGGGCCACAGAAAACAUUUUGGGGAGCUUUUUCAGAGGUGAAAGGCACGCAGGAGGAGGAACGGCAGCCUGUCCCCCUCUGCAGCAUCUCCCCGCGCUGUGCGACGGGGGGAAGAAGAAAGAGAGGAGGGCGGCGGGGUCGCUGAAGCCACGUCCCCGCAGACGGGCGCAUGUCCCCAGUUUAUUCCUAUUUUAGCCGCUCACCUCGUCUCAUGGCUGGGGGAGUGAGGAUCUCUGCUCUGGCCUCCAGAGGAAAUAACAUUUUAAAUUUUUUUGCUUCCCCUUGAAGAGAAACGGCACCAAACCUCCCCGGGCAGGCGUCCCUCCUUCCCUGCCCUCCCAGGACGCGUCUCCUCGGCUCCCCGGGGUGCGGGCCCGAAACACCCCGCCCGCUCCCCGCAGGGAGGCCAGGACCUCCCCGCCGGCGGCGGCGUGGCCCCGGCGGCCCCGAGGGCGCCCCGUUUAGGCGGGUAGCAGCGGGGGGUUUUAGAGCUCGGCCGGGUUCUGGGGAGCGGGGAGGCAGCGAGGGGCCGGGCCGCUGCCCCGCCGCCGGCGGCGAGCCCGGCACGGUGGCUGUACGGUGUUUUGGGGGGCUCCCUGCGGCGCGCGGGACGCCGGCGGGACACCCAGCCCUGCCCCUGCUUUUGGGGUCGUUCUACGUGCCCUCGUUGCUAUCAGACGUGCGCGGCGUGCCUGCAUUCCUGCAGACGAGGAAGAUAAACUGUGGUGGGCCUUUUUUUUCUUCUUUUUGCUUUGUGUUGUGGGCCUUUUUUCAGCCCCUCGUUCCCAGGAGCUCUUCUCUCCCUCAAAAGAUUAUUGCAGUAAUUAGUGUUAAUUUGCUAUCGUUGUCAAAGAGGUGUAACAGGCCUACCCGGCCAAGCCGCAGACACCCCUAGAACAAGCGCCGAGACAUCCGCGGGCAACUGUAAGGACAUAAACACGGCCAGGGGAUGCCAUGAGCCUGAAAGGUGGGCGGGGAGGGGGGGGGGAGAAGGUUAAUUAUAAAACCUCUAAGCAAAAUACCCUCCUUUUGCGCUUGGAAACUUAACUGUAAUCCUCCUUUUUUCACACGUACUCGCCCAGCGACUCACAAAUACACCCAGAAGAAACCUCCAAGUAGCGAUGGGAAGGAAACGCAUUCCGCACGCCUGCAGGCAUAAUCCCCUCUGCUGUAACGAGGGGCUUAUCAAUGUUUUAUAUAUUUUUAAUUUGGGAUUUUUUUUUUUUGCGGGCCAUGAAAUAUGUGCCUUUGCAAACGAGCUCCGAUCUUUUCUAUUUCUAAUUGGCCAAUUACUGUUCAGCUGUUUCAGCUCGUCCCGUACAAUGGAGAUUAAAGCAGAGCUGUUAUCUGAAUUAUAUAUUCACAUAAAUUCUAGCAAAGCCGGGCGAUGCGCGGGGCCAGUGCCUCUCUGGGAAUCUCUGUGCCACCCUCUCCGCCUUCCAAACCAGCGUGGUGUGUGUCUCCCUCUUCCUCAGCUCUUCCCCCCCCCCCCAACCCCAUUUUCCUCUAAAAAUGUCGUUGCUUUGAUGAUCCGAUUGUAGAGCAUUGAUUACAAAUUUAUUCUCAGACACUAUAUAAGUCUUUAUAUCUGCUAUUAGAGACAUCUGGGAAUGAUUAGAGCCCUCCCUCCCCCGGCUCUGCUCCCUCUAUCUUGCAGCGAGGAGCGAGAGACAUGUUGACGUCAGAUCAGACGGCUAGGAGCCAUCCUGCUCUCCACUUGGGUGUAAUCACGGCGGCGCUUUCCAAGCCCCGGCCGCGGCCGCCAGCUGGGAUGCGGGUGCAGCGGGACCCGGCCCUCCCGCCCCCAGGGCUCCUCGGCACAGCUCGGUUUUGAGCCCCCGGAGGCUCCGGCUCUUCUGGAGUUUGCUGCCGAGGUUGUUUGUUUAUUUGGCUGUUUGGGACUUUGAGAAAGCAAAAGCAGUGCCUUCCGCAUGCGGUGCUUCCCGCUCCCGCCCAGCCCCCGGCCCAGCGCUUGCUUUAUCUCAGCCCGAUUUCUCCCGGCGCAUUCGCUCACAGCGCUGUCUUCCAAAAUAAAUACCGAGCCAGGCAGAUUUCCACCUUAUGUCUUGGCAGGGAGAAAUUAGCCGAGCAAAGUGCAGUGCUUACAUGCGGGCAAUCGCAGGCGCGCUGACACCCCGCUAUCCAAAGUGGUAGUCAGGUUUACAACGAGCCGGGAGAGCUGGAGGCUGCUAUAAAACAAGACGAUUCCCUACCCAAACGGCAGUGCCGCUGGCCAGGAGAUGGCUUUGCACCUGCUAUUAAAUCCUAAUGAAUCGCCUCUAAUUGAGAGCUGGGGCUGGCUGAGGGUGACUCCGAACAGCCAGCAUGGUAGCUCUGCCUCAGCGGCACCCAAGACAGCGUUUGCCACGCUUAUUUCCACAAGCUUUUUACUUUAAGAUUUUGUACGUUUCCUACAACUCUUAUUCUCCUCCCCCCCCCCCCCCCCGAUGAGAUGAAAAAUAAUAACUGAAUAAAUACAACUUGAACCUUCGCCGGCUGUUCGCAAAGUCUUGGACGGCUGACACUUGUCCAGCUGUACGUUGCAAUCAGUGCUACUACCAGGAAGGGGGUGGAUGAGAAAGCAGUCGAUCUCGUCUCCAGAGGAAAGAGAUAACGUUAGACUAUUUGUCUGAAGGAUUAAAUUCUCGGGGUAAAAUACGCUUACGAGGAGGGGGG